AGUAAAUAACAAAACGGAAGAACUGUAACAAGUUGGUAUCUCUCUGAAAACUUGCAAAACCUAAGAAGCUAGCCUGUUUAAAACAGGAAGCUACGCUGUUUACUACCUGACUGGUGUAUAUGAUCAAGUGUUAUCUCUGUUUCAUUAGCAGUGAAACUUAAGUUACUACUGGACUCAUAAAGGACUUAGCAAAAAUCACCAGAGACAAAUAGAAUGGCAUUCAACACAGAUGAAAUCAAGACUGUGGUUGAAAGCUUUGAGACCACACCCUAUGAAUAUGAGUGGGCACCACCCUGUGAAAAAGUCAGUAUCAAAGAGCUGGGGUCAUGGCUCCUGCCUCCACUGUACUCCCUGGUGUUCAUCAUCGGCCUCCUGGGCAACAUGAUGGUUGUGUUGAUCCUCAUGAAGUACAGGAAGCUACAAAUUAUGACUAAUAUCUACCUGUUCAACUUGGCAAUUUCUGACCUGCUCUUUCUCUUCACUGUCCCAUUCUGGAUUCACUAUGUCCUGUGGAAUGAGUGGGGUUUUGGCCAUUACAUGUGUAAAAUGCUCUCUGGGUUUUAUUACCUGGCUUUGUACAGCGAGAUCUUUUUCAUCAUCCUGCUGACAAUUGACAGAUACCUGGCUAUCGUCUAUGCUGUGUUUGCCCUUCGAGCCCGAACUGUGACUUUUGCCACUAUCACCAGUAUCAUUACCUGGGGCCUUGCAGGACUGGCAGCAUUGCCUGAAUUUAUCUUCCAUGAGUCCCAAGACAGCUUUGGAGAGCUUUCCUGCAGUCCUCGCUAUCCAGAGGGCGAAGAAGACAGCUGGAAGCGUUUCCACGCUCUAAGAAUGAAUAUCUUUGGUCUAGCUCUUCCUCUCCUCAUUAUGGUUAUCUGCUACUCAGGAAUCAUUAAAACUCUGCUGAGAUGUCCCAAUAAAAAAAAACACAAGGCCAUCCGUCUUAUUUUUGUUGUUAUGAUAGUCUUUUUUAUUUUUUGGACCCCGUACAACCUGGUUCUCCUUUUUUCUGCUUUUCACAGCGCGUUUUUGGAGACUAGCUGUCAGCAGAGUAAACACCUGGACCUGGCCAUGCAGGUGACUGAGGUGAUUGCCUACACCCACUGCUGUAUCAAUCCAGUAAUCUAUGCCUUUGUUGGUGAGAGGUUCCGGAAACACCUUCGGCUCUUUUUCCACAGAAAUGUGGCAAUCUACCUGGGAAAAUAUAUUCCAUUUCUUCCUGGAGAGAAAAUGGAAAGAACAAGCUCUGUCUCCCCAUCAACUGGGGAGCAAGAAAUCUCUGUGGUGUUUUAGUUGGGCAGAGAAAAUUGUCUCUUAUUCCGUGGACUGAAAGAUGAAGCAAACACAUUAAGUCAGUCACAAUGACCUCUAGCUCAGUCAUUUGCACUUUCCAUGCAAUGCUGAUGCUCUCAAAGACCUGAAAACACACAUAAUAACUGCAGAAUAUCCUCAUGUACCCCAAGAUCAUUGCUAGAGGACAUGUGCUGGCCAGUUGACAAUUCAUCAAACAUGAAAAAGACAGUUUUUUUGAUUCUCUGAAGAGUUGCACAUGUUCUUAUUCACUUAAAUGUUAAACAAUCUGUUCACAAGUUGGAAGGUUUAAAAAAUAUUUAAACUUCUACUUUAGCCAUUUUUUGACAUCAGUGAAAUGUUUCACAAAAUGCAUUUAUUUUAUUUCCUAACAUAAGUAGUUCUUUUUUCUUCUUGAUGAAUGGCUUUCUUUUUCCUCUUUUUAAAAAAUUAUUAUUUGUAUAUGGACUAUUGCUCUUGCAGGAGACUGGAUGUUAUUAUAUCUUGUUUAAUUUUUCUUAAAAGUCAAAUGAAAUCAUAUUUCCUAUGAGUGAUUGAAAACAUCUUGGAAGGAACACACUCUCCUCCUAAAUGCCAGUUUUAUGUUGAAAAAUAGUCUGGGGCCAUCUGUAUUGAGAAGUCCAGGUGUGGUGCUGUCGUUAAUUCUUCCUAGACUUGACAUCAUAAGUACCUGGAGGGUAGAGUGACACAUGCACAGAUAACUCCUAUUAUAUGAGAUGAGUAGAAAUUUGGAGGUAGACAUCAAGAUUAACAGAUAAAGUAAGACUGGAAACCCCUUUCCACUGCCCUCACAUACCAAAUAAAGGAUGUACAAGAAAAGUAUAUGACAUCCCACAGAAAGAAGUUGGCACUAUGCAAAUAACCCAUGAAUGAUAAAAAUCUAUAUGAUGCAGUGCUUUUGGGUGUCUGUCUUUUCACAGAUCAUUAGCCUACUUCUAUCCUCAAGAAUAUCCUUUUAUCUUUCUUAAUAAACUGCCUGUGUGUCUAUCAUUAUCUAUAUGUUCAUUAUUCUGUCACACGAGACCCUAGAAAUCUCAGGAGGUGCUCUCUAGAUUGAAGUGCGCACUUAUAGAACCACCUCAGAGCUCAUGAUUCAUGGUUGAAAUGAGGCCUGAGCAUCAACAACAGGUUCCCAGGUGACGGACAUGAUACUUGUCCCAAGAUCACAUUUUUAGAAUUAUGUUGUAACUGUGAUGCUUUCAGAGACUCAACAAUUGAAACUGAGGACUUCACAAGUGUUGUCGGAGGAAUAUAUGGGCCCUUUAGAUGUUUAUGAUAAGGCUAUAUGCCAUUAUGGUCAGCUGAUAAGAUAUGCUAGUCUAUCUGAAAUAUUACUAUAGGAGGAACUUACAGUUCUAUCAGUCUAUCAGUUUUAUACAGUUGAGCUUUUCUUGAGUGUAUGUGUUUAGAACUAUGAACUAGAAGCUGUGAGAGACACAAAGAUGAAGGAGGAAAAAAUGGAGUGGCUAUGGCUCAGGUACCUUUCUCUCCUUCCUUUUCUUCUGAUUAUAGCUUUUUGGGGAUGUAACUUCUAAGGUUUUAUUUAACUUGGCACUUUUCUUUUGGGUAUAGCAUAGUCAUCUCAUGAUUAUUUUGAAGUAGAGAUUACCUUGGUCUAGUAACCAUGACAGCUAUUUGAGCAGAACAAUUAAGAGGUAAGUUAGUCAGUAGUGAUGCUAUUGGAGUUACUGAUACUCCAUAGUAGAAGGAAAUAUAGGGUCACAGUCCCCUCAUCUUGUAUUACAACCAUUACUCUCUCAUUCUCCAACUUGCUCAUGAUCUUGGGAGAUGAUAAAGAUAUACAAGAUUGAAAGAAUUACUUGGAGAGUGUGAUUCCAUGAUUUCAUUUUCAUGAGAUCAUUAUUCAUAAUGGGAUGAGAUUUUGUGAUGAGACAGCUGUUUGAGGGUAACUCUCUCCUUUAAGUAUCCCUUCAAUAAUGCUCAGUAAGUAGGCUCAAUAAACUCAUUGGUUUUCUAAGUU